AUGAAGCAGCAUAUGAAUCUCGGCAAGCUUCUUCGAAAGAUAUACAUAGAAGAUAUGAACUUUCUCAGCGCCCGAUAUUCGUCGAAAGAGAUCUACGUUCGCUCGACAGACAGGAAUAGAACAAUAAUAUCAGCUAUGUCAAACAUUCUUGGUAUGUAUGGUCAAAGAAGCGGGUGUGCUAUCUCUGAUGUGGACUAUCCUGCCGAAGACGGUUGGCCAGCAGGAUUCGUUCCAGUGGCUAUUCACACUGUCAAUGAUGAUACUGACUAUGUUCUCAACCCUGACGCUGAUUGUGACCGUCAGAUCAAGUUGUGGAACAUGGCCAAAAGCUCUCCGGAACUGCAAGCAUUCCUUAACCGACCCGAUGUUGCUUCGCUGCUCUCAAACUUAACUGAGUACUGCGGAGAGCCAGUGGAUGUUGAUAAUUUGUGGAUAAUACGGGACGCCCUACUGACUGAACAAAUACAUGCAAACGACACCUUGAGAGCCGUGAACAAGUGGUUCAGCGAUGAACUUUUCAAUCAGAUGACCGCUGUUAACGAUCAAGUGCAAGCCUAUCAGAAUGGCCUUUUCAGUGAGUACAGUCUCAAUAUGAAAUAUCACCAAAAUGAGGAAAAUGCCACCCUUUAUCCGAUCACACAUUUUAUUGGCCCUUGCGAAGGACAGCUGUUCUGUGAACUGGAUAUCUUCGGAACAUUCGCAAAUAGAACAAAACCUGAACAGCCGAUGGUUGAGUGGUGCAACGUCGAUCCACUACUCCAAGUCUCAUGCAGUUCAAAGUGGACGCUCCUAAGUAUAGGUAUUUAA